CCAAGUAUCUCACACAAUAGCCUCUUAGAAAACCAAACACUUACAUGCAGUAUAUAGGCUGACAGUGUAUCCACUACUUUCUUCUUACAUUCAGGUCAGGUUUAUACUUCCUAAUCCUCGAUUAAUGCAGAUAUAGUUUCAUAUAUCUGAUGUGAUGAUUAAUUAAAUCCGGCACACUCAUGCUGCAGUGCACUGUGCCAGCCCUUUUAUGUGUUAGGUGAUUGGGAACGUGAUUGUAAGGAGUCAAUUCUUCUCCACUCUCCACAAAGCUGAUGAGUCAGGAGGCCUGACCUCACCGCCUAGUUAAAAUGUAAUCUCUCUAUCACGUCUCUCCCCUCUCUGUCUCUCCGUCUCUCUCCACUCAUGUCACUCAACCCCUUUAUUCCAGCCCUGUGUAUUAACUAAGAUGCCUGUUAUUACCCUGUGACUGGAUACUAAUUGCUCUUCCUCUUUAUGUCCGGUAAGUAAUCUGUGAUAAUGUGCAUUCUCAUUUACCGAGCCCACAGAGACAAUAUAUUACCCCCAUGUCUGCUCAUAUACUGUAGGUGCUUGGCUGACUGGCUCGCUCAUUACUGAUGUAGGGCAUCAAAUCUCCCAUAACACUGCCUCUUAUCAUUUACAGCCCUCUCUCACACAAUGCCCCAAACUGAUUACCUUUAAGCCACACAAUAAGAUUUAGUGCAAUGAAACUCUCAAUGUAAAAUGGGUGGGUUGGGACGUUUUAACUGGUUUAUGGUGGUAAAUUACAGGGUGUUUACAGCAUUCCUGCUCUGAAAGAGAAGGCAGCUCACAGACGACUGUUUAAGUUGUGCUUUUGAUUUUCACUUACACGUCUCCUGCCUCACUUAGUCAUGCAUUUCUCAGGAAAUUUGAUCUGUUUAUACAAUAAGAGAGCUAAAUUAAGUGUGAGAACUAUAGAGUUGGUAGUAUUUAAUACUUUUACACAGCACACUCAUUCAUCUUAAGCAGCAGGACGAAUGUAGGUAUUUACUGAUAUUACGUCACAGACAAUGAAUGCAAAACUGCAAUGAAACCUGUAACAAAUCACUGAAACGCAAGUAAAAAAACACCAGCGUGGCCAAUGAGGUUAACGCCAUUUGAAAAGUUAAUAUGACCAGCUGAUUAAGAAAUACGUAAGAUAACGUUUUAUGAACUUUUAUGAAUGAGGGUUGGAUGUAAACUGGAGGUGUGUGUUUGUGGAAGAGUAAAUGGAAGUUAUCAGUGUUUUCCACUUCACUUUGUGUCUUUAUAGAUUGUAUCUGCUGAGGUGGUGCUGCUAUUACUCCACUAUUGAUUAGAUUAGGAAGCCUGGGAAGGACACACACACACACACACACACACACUGACACACACAUUCAUAAAGGUAUGUGCCUAUAGGAACAAACCCCCACUGUGUGUGCAGAUACACUCAGACAGAAGCCCAUCAACGUGCACCUAAAGUGCAAGUCGUCCCCCAAAAUCUGAUGAAAUCUGCCUCGCGUCUUUUAAAAAAAGACGCAGAGUGGGAGAGGGGAAAUAUCUCCUUCGCCAUUAUCUAUUCAUCCCUGUGAUAAGUGUGAGAGAAGGACAGAUAAGUAAUGUGCAAUAAGGUGAGAAGUCUCAGCCAUAGCUCCUCCCCUCUCCUUGUCCCCGGCCCAAUCAGAUGGGAUUAUAGAUCUUUUAUGCCAUGCAUUUCCCUUGUCAUGGCUGUAAGAAAUAGAUGAAGCAGAGACCAGCAGACAGGGGGAGAGGAGAUAGCGUGAACUAAGAAGAGAAGGGAAGCUAAGAGAGAAAAGAAGAAGGUGUGAGGAAGACCGAGCCGAAACAGGAAUGAAGUAUCCCUCUGCUCCUCAGAGUAAGUCUCUGUUAGACAUGGAGGUAGCAAACUAUUGUGAAGGCCUGGAUCCCUCAUACAGCACGCUGGGCUUUGAGAAUGCAGAUGUGUUCUGUGGAGGAGACAGCAUGCCGACAGAGCCGAGCCUGCAAGUCGGUGCAGACGGGGUCAGCAGUAACUGUGCCAUCUGCGGAGACAAAGCCACCGGGAAACACUACGGAGCCUCCAGCUGUGACGGCUGCAAGGGCUUCUUCAGACGCUCCAUACGCAAGAGUCAUGUCUACACCUGCAGGUUCAGCAGACAGUGCAUUGUGGAUAAAGAUAAGAGGAACCAGUGUCGGUUCUGCAGACUUAACAAAUGCUUCAGGGCUGGCAUGAAGAAAGAAGCCGUACAGAACGAGAGAGAUCGGAUCAGCUCCCGAAGAAAUAUCCCUGACACCCACGACUUGCCACCCAUAACUAUUUUGGCCCAAGCUGAAUCCCUGUCCCAACAGAUAACCGCUCCAGUUGGAAUACCAGACAUAUCGGAGCAGAAGUCCGCCACUGUCGGAGAUGUGUGUGACUCUAUGAGACAGCAGUUAUUGGUGUUGGUGGAAUGGGCCAAGUACAUUCCUGCAUUUGGAGAACUGCCACUGGACGACCAGGUGAGUUUGCUCAGGGCUCAUGCAGGUGAACACCUUUUGCUCGGGGUCGCCAAAAGGUCAAUGCCAUUCAAGGACUUCCUGCUCUUAGGUAACGGCUGUGUGAUCCACAGGAACAGUCCUGAGCAGGAGAUAUAUAAGGUAGCCAACCGAGUGCUGGAUGAGCUAGUCCAGCCCUUCCAGGAUAUUCAAAUAGACGACAACGAAUAUGCAGCACUCAAGGCAAUCGUCUUCUUUGACCCAGAUGCAAAGUCUUUGCGGGACCCGUCGAAGAUCAAGGCCAUUCGACUACAGGUCCAGAUGAGUCUGGAAGACUACAUUAAUGACCGUCAGUAUGACUCCAGGGGUCGUUUCGGAGAGCUCCUACUCCUGCUGCCCACCCUGCAGAGCAUCACCUGGCAGAUGAUCGAACAGCUCCAGUUCAUUAAGCUCUGUGGCCUGGCCAAGAUAGACAACCUGCUGCAUGAGAUGCUGCUGGGAGGUUUUACGUCAGAGCAGACACACCUGCACCACCCAGCACACACCCAGCUGGCCCAGGACCCUUUGACAGGACACACACUCGUCAUCAGCACCAUGCCUGUCACUCACACUGCACAGAUAGCCUCUCCAGACACUCCCAUCCCAUCGCCCCCUCAGGGUCCUGCCCCGGAGAAGUACAAACACUUUCCCCAGCCUCUUUGUCCUCCAGCCAGCCCCACGCCCUCCACACAGGCCGAUCUCUGACUUCUCCCUGCACUCUGUCAAACAAGCUGACAUGGGCACAGUUUCCCCGUCUUCUAUUCACCGUCCAAGUCAUGCAAAGAUUAUGAAAGCAAUCCCUGUUCAGUGUCUGUGGUUAAACUUUACCCUGCCUCUACCCCCCGUGACUCCUGGUGGUGUUGCAACAAUAACUAAUUAAAGCUGCAGUGUGCAGCGUUUUCAAACUUCAAUAUGUCACUUUGAAAUCCAGUGAACUAAUGAAACACCAAACUAGGGUUUAACAAAACAUGCUGUGCAUUUCUGUGGCCGCCUAAAACCAAUACACUGUUUUUCAUCACAGUAUCUGAGUUUCACAACACUUUAAUGUCAGUAAGGCUCAUAGGCAUCAUGGGAAUUGUAAAAUUACAUAUUAGUCUGUUAAAAAAGUUAACGCCAUUUUUAACCUUUGCGUUGUUUGAAGUUUUUUUUAUUGACUAAUGCCUUGCUUGAUUGGGCACAUGUGCAGAACAUCCCCUUCAUCUUCAUGUUUCUUUAUGUGCAUAUCAAUCCAGUCAUAAUAAUGUGUAAAUGCACAAAAUACUAUUUAAUCAUAAACUUGCUGUUUGUAUGAACAGUAUGCAUCAGUGGGACCUAUUACACCUGUAAACUGGUCUGAGAUCAGCUGUUGUGUUCUUAAGAUCUUCAGAAAUGUUGCUGCUGAUUUUCAGGACUUAGAUUUUCUACAUUAGAUUACAUUAUGCAGUGUACACAGGAAGUAACUACUUCAGCAGCUGGAUUUGUGUGGGAAAAAAAGAGAUUAAAUGGUUUAUAUUUAAUACCUGGCCAUGAAUACAUCUCACAUACACAAUGACUUGUAUAUAUUCUUAAUAUACAUGUAUAAAGCAGCUUAAACAUAAAAUAAUGGGGCACAUACGUUUGUGUCCAAGAUCAACAUGACAAUAAUAACUUCAUUUGUAAAAUAGUUUCUAAACGCUUCAUGUUAAAUGCAAAAAAGAAUGUGGAUGAACUGUAAUAUUUUAAUAUCUUACUGUAAAUAGUCACUGGAUGAUAGGAAAUAUUUAGAUCAUCAGUGUGUCUUGCUGUAUUUAAUUUCUAAAAUCAGUUGUGUAUUUUGAUUUGUGUUGAUAAAAUGUACAUUUCUAAAUCUGUGCAGUAUAUUGAUUAAAAUGCAAUUUUGAGUCUUUGAA